CUAUAAACUGACAGCUGACAAUGACACAUCAUCAAAACUGUCGUCGAGUCGAGAUUAUUAAAGGUUAAAUAAAUAAUCUGCGACCAGCAGUAAUCUAUAGAUGGUUUUUAAUUGCCUUUAUAAAUAAAAACAACUCUCCAAAGUCAAGAAAGGACAAUCAUGACUCGAUUUCGUGAAUUCUUAAAUAUAAAAGUAUUCUAUUCUCGUCUGUGAUCGCGCUCGCCUUUUGUGUCAGAAUCGAACUUGGGGAUUAACCCCGACAUCAAAAUUGGUAUCUUUUCAAGGUAUUUUCACUCAAAUAGAAUAUAAAAUUGAAUAUUCUUCUCAAAAAAUCAAGAAAUUCCGAGGAAUGUUCCCCUUUAGAUAGUUUUCGCGGUUUUAUCAGUGAAGUGUUUACAUAACCUUGAAAAAAAAACUGAAAAGCACAUAAUUUUGGAUUUUUGUGGUAUAAUUUGAUAGACAAUUGACAGUGCGUACUUAUUUUUAAAACAAAUCGCGAAACUUGUAUUUUCCAUCAACAUGAAGGGAAAUUGAAAGAGUUCAUAUUUGGAUAUAUUUUUUGAAUAUGGGUGCCGAAGCUGAUUUCCUGAAGUUACGAUUGCAUCAGAUCAUUUCUGCGACAGAUUUACCACCAUACGAAUCGGGCUCUUGAUGAAUGACGCUGGAUAAUUAGGAAAUUUCUCAAUACAACUGAAUAACAAAGAAUUACAAGAGAUUUUAAAAUGUGGGUCUUUGGAUAUGGAUCGUUGAUUUGGAAAGCUGACUUUCCGUAUGAAAAACAACUUGUCGGAUACAUAAAAGGAUAUGUCAGAAGAUUCUAUCAAAAAAGUCUUGAUCACAGAGGCGUCCCAAGCAAGCCUGGCAGAGUUGCCACCUUGAUGGCUUCCAAAAAUCCUGAAGACGAGGUCUGGGGUGUAGCCUACAUGAUUUCUUCCGAAAAUAUAGACAGUGUCGCUCAACAUUUAAAUUCCCGGGAAAGUGGUUACGACCGCAGAACAGUUUUGUUUCACCCGUGCAAAUCUGUGCGACCGAUCGAGAAAAUCGAGCGGGAUUCAUUGAACCUGAAUAAUUCGUCAAAAAUGCUCUUUUCGAAAGAAUCGGCAGUGUCGGUCUCUCCUCUCAAUUCCGAGGAAAUGCCCUUUCACGUGACCGUUUACAUAAGCAGAGAGGACAGUCCUCUCUUUGCCGGAAACGAAGAUUUGUCGACAAUAGCCAAUCACAUUUUAGAGUGUCGCGGCCUCAGUGGACCAAAUAUUGAAUAUUUGUAUAAAUUAGCGCAUUCAAUGCGCAUAAUUGCGCCGACGAUUCAUGACGAGCACUUGUAUUCGCUCGAGGAUGUUGUGAAAAAGUUGGAAAACGAAAAGCAAUUUUCUAGCUAGGGCCCGUUAAUUAAUAUUCCAUCCAAGGUAUGAUACUUGUAAAAAAAAAAAAAAAUGAGAGAAAAUGUUGAAGAAAAUUGGACGCCCGUAAGGAAUGAUAAUUUAAAUUACUUUUUAAUUCUCUUGUUUGAUUUUUAAAUAGAGAAAUAUUAUGAUGCGACGAAAAUUGAAUGAGUGAAUGUUGACCGAGUCAGAGAAAUAUUUUAUACACUUAUUUAUUGUAAAAGCACGGGAGAGUUCUAUAAAAAGUUGUUUCAAGUAUUUAAA